AUGGCCCUUCGCAUCCCCCAAGGAACGCAAAUGCUCAAGGACGGCUACAAGCACCUCCAAGGUGUCGAUGAAGCCGUCCUUCGCAACAUCACAGCCGUUCACGAUCUGUCCGAGAUUACGCGUACCUCUUUUGGCCCCAAUGGUCGCAACAAGAUCAUUAUCAACCAUAUGGAGAAGCUGUUUGUCACCAACGAUGCCGCCACCAUUAUCCGCGAGCUCGAGGUUGUUCACCCCGCAGCCAAGCUCUUGGUCAUGGCCUCUCAGCAGCAGGAAGCCGAGAUGGGCGAUGCUUCCAACUUGGUCAGCAUUAUUGCCGGAGAGCUUUUGCAGAAGGCCGAGCACUUGCUCCGCAUGGGUCUCCACCCCAGUGAUAUUGUUCAGGGAUACGAGGUCGCAUCUGCCAAGGCAUUGGAGAUUCUCGAGGAGCUCUCUGUUGAGCAGAUCAAGAAUGUCCAGACCAAGGAGGAUCUGUUCAAGGCUGUUCGCUCGUCAAUUGCCGCCAAGCAGUACGGAAACGAGGAUUUGUUGACCGAUCUUGUCUGCGAGGCUGCCAUCGCCGUCAUGCCCAAGGAUGCCUCCAACUUCAACGUCGAUAACGUCCGUGUUGUCAAGAUCAUGGGAAGCAGUCUUUACGAGAGCCGUGUCAUCAAGGGAAUGGUCUUUGGUCGCUCCCCCGAGGGUGUUGUCACCAACGCCAAGAAGGCCAAGGUCGCCGUUUUCACCUGCCCCUUGGAUGUUGCUCAGACCGAGACAAAGGGAACUGUUUUGAUUCACAACGCCAACGAGAUGCUCGACUUUACCAAGGGCGAGGAGAAGCACAUGGAGCAGAUGUUGAAGGGAAUUGCUGAUGCUGGUGUCAAGGUCGUUGUCACUGGUAACAACGUUGGCGAGCUCGCUCUUCACUACUUGAACAGAUUCGGCAUCUUGGUCGUCAAGGUCUUGUCCAAGUUCGAUUUGAGGAGAUUGUGCCGUGUCACCGGUGCCACUGCUUUGGCCCGUGUCGGUGCCCCCAUGGCCGAGGAGAUGGGAUUCUGCGAUAUUGUCGAGAGCGUCGAGAUUGGAGGUGACCGCGUCACCGUUUUCAGACAAGAGGAGGAAAUUACCAAGACUGCCACCAUUGUUGUUCGUGGUGCCACUUUGAACCACUUGGAUGAUGUUGAGCGUGCCUUGGAUGACGGUAUCAACGUCAUCAAGGCCCUUGUCAAAGAUCCCCGCCUCGUCCCUGGAGCCGGAGCAUGUGAAAUGGAGUUGCUCAAGCGUCUCUUGGCUGUCGGCGAGAAAACUCCCGGUCUUAACCAGCACUCGAUCAAGAAGUUUGCAGAGGCUUUCGAGGUCAUCCCCCGCACUUUGGCUGAAAACGCAGGAAUGGACGCUACCGAGGUUCUUUCAAAGUUGUAUGCCUCUCACCACGCCGAUGACAGUGGAGUGAUGGGAGUUGAUAUUGAGAGCGAGAACAACGGACUCUUGGACGCACACAAUGCCGGUAUCUACGAUGUCUUGUCUGCCAAGUCGCACGCCAUCCGCCUCGCAACAGAGACCGCCAUGACUGUCCUCCGCGUCGAUCAGUUGAUCAUGUCGAAGGCAGCUGGAGGACCUGUUGCACCUAAGCAGAAGCAGCACUGGGAUGAGGAUUAA